AUGGCUGUGUAUUGCUAUGCACUCAAUAGCCUGGUGAUCAUGAAUAGCGCCAACGAGGUGAAGAGCGGCGGCGGCCUGGUCCCCAGCGACAGCAAGACACCCGGGUCCCGGGGGAGGGUCGUGUCUAGCCCCGGCAGCGUUUUUAGUCCCGGGAGAGGCGUCUCCUUCCUCUUCCCGCCGUCAGAGUCGCUGUCGCCAGAGGAUCCCGGGAGCCCCGUGGGCUGGCAGAGCGGCCAGUACAGGCUGAGCAGUAGCAGCAACAGCGUGGGCAGUCCGAGUUGGGCGGGUCGCCUGAGAGGAGACGGACAGCAGGUGGUGGCUGCUGGUACCCUCUCUCCGCAAGGUCCAGAGGAGGCUAAGAGAAAGCUUCGGAUCUUGCAGCGCGAGUUGCAGAACGUGCAGGUGAACCAGAAAGUGGACAUGUUCGAGGCGCACAUUCAGGCGCAGAGUUCCGCCAUUCAAGUGCCCCGUAGCCCGCGUUUGGGCAGGGCAGGCUCACCCUCUCCAUGCCCCUUCCGCAGCAGCAGUCAACCCCCUGGAAGGGUCUUGGCUCCGUGUACCGGUAGCGAGGAACGGAGGACAAAGUCCUGGGGGGAACAGUAUUCAGAGACUUCAGAGACCUUCUCUUGGAAGAGAGGAAGAGUGCUCAGCCCAUGCCCCACGAAGAACAAGGAGGGAGUGGCACUUCUCUCCUGCCGGGCUGCCCCAACUGGACCUGAAGCUCAGGGUCCAGCUGCUUCAAUGGGGAUGGAAAAAAGAGCCCCUGCCAGUCUCCCCUGCAGCUCACCCAAAGCUAUGGAAAUUGCCCAGAGGGCCUUUCCACCAUCUGGAGCUUCCAGCUGCCAGGAUCUUUCGUUGGAACUGAAUCAAGUAAACUUUGAGAUAGACACAGACAUGACAGCAAGAACCACAUCCAUCAGGCCAUGCCAUUCCCAUGAUCCUGCCCUCAGUGAGCUUGGGGGCGCACACUUCCUGGAGGCUCCAGUGAGUAGGCAGCAGCAAUCUCUGGACACUGAGACAAGCCUAGCCUCAGGGAGGGCUGGGCUCCAUGGUGGGGAGCUCCCUGAGAAGGCGGAGAAAGGAAAUCUGCUCUUUGGCAUGCGGAACUCCUGGGACCCUGAGGUGGGCGGUAUUCUGGAAGGGACCACUGUGAACUGGAAAAGCUCACAGUCCUCUGAGGUUUGGAGCUGGCCAGGGCUGUCUAGGCACCUGGACUCUGAGGAGGCCCCAAGUGGAGUCCCAGUAUUCGUUGAGCAGCGUCAGCAGAGCUCUCACAUAAGGGAGGAAGGGUCUCCAACACUCACUUUGCCUAGGGGCAGCAUCUCUACACAGCUGGGAACUGAGGAGUUGGAGAUUGGGAUUCCCCCUGGAGGAAUGCUAGAACCUUUGCCAUGUUGGGAAACAAAAGAGCUGAAGGAGCCUGGCCUUCCUGGGCUUAGAGUGGAUGUACAACAUGGCAGCUCCAGAGCUUGGAUGGACCCCAUGGAAGAAGCAGGUCUGACUUUGAUGUGUGGCACAGGGAUACAAGUAGAGCCCACUUGGGAGAGCCAGCAGCAGAACAGAGAUAUCUCUGGGAGCCCAGAGCAGUUAACUCUAGAUCAGAAGGACAAAUCUUCCCAGAGGGAGGUCUGCAGCCCCAGUGCUAUACCUGCUGUCAUUAUUACAGACCUGGGUGCACAGGAGGAAGGGGCCUUGGAGGAGACACAGGGAAGCCCUUGGGGCAACCUGCCCCUGAGGAAACUGUCCUCUUCCUCAGCCUCCUCUACUGGCUUCUCAUCUUAUGAGGACUCAGAGGAGGAUAUCUCUAGUGACCCUGAGCGCUCCUUGGACCCCAACUCUGCCUUCCUUCAUACUGUGGACCAGCAGAAACCCAGAGUGAGCAAAUCAUGGAGGAAGAUAAAAAACAUGGUGCACUGGUCUCCAUUUGUCAUGUCCUUCAAGAAGAAGUACCCCUGGAUCCAGCUGGCAGGACACGCAGGGAGUUUCAAGGCUGCAGCCAAUGGCCGGAUCCUGAAGAAGCACUGUGAAUCAGAGCAGCGCUGUCUGGACCAGCUGAUGAUGGAUGUAUUGAAGCCCUUUGUGCCCACCUACCAUGGGGAUGUGGUGAAGGAUGGGGAGCGCUAUAACCAGAUGGAUGACCUGUUGGCUGACUUUGACUCACCAUGUGUGAUGGACUGCAAGAUGGGCAUCAGAACCUACCUGGAGGAGGAACUCACUAAGGCCCGCAAGAAGCCUAGCCUGCGAAAGGACAUGUAUCAGAAGAUGAUCGAGGUGGACCCUGAAGCUCCAACAGAGGAGGAGAAUGCCCAGCGGGCUGUCACCAAGCCGCGCUAUAUGCAGUGGAGGGAGACUAUCAGCUCUACAGCCACCCUCGGGUUCAGGAUCGAGGGCAUCAAGAAAGAAGAUGGCUCUGUGAACCGGGAUUUUAAAAAGACCAAGACGAGGGAGCAGGUGACUGAAGCCUUCAGAGAAUUCACCAAAGGAAACCAGAACAUCCUGAUUGCUUACCGAGACCGACUGAAGGACAUUCGGACAACCCUAGAAGUGUCUCCUUUCUUCAAGUGCCAUGAGGUCAUCGGCAGCUCCCUCCUCUUCAUUCAUGACAAGAAAGAACAGGCCAAGGUGUGGAUGAUUGACUUUGGGAAGACUACCCCCCUGCCUGAGGGGCAGACCCUGAGGCAUGACGUGCCCUGGCAGGAGGGGAACCGGGAGGACGGCUACCUCUCAGGGCUGAACAACCUCAUUGACAUCCUCACAGGGAUGGAAGAUGUGUGUGUCUGA